GCGGGGCCGCGUCCGGCCGGGGCCACCGAGCGCCGUCCGUGUGCCGGGCCGUCCGUGUGCCGGGCCGUCCGUGUGUCCGCGCCGGUCCCGCCCCGCCGCCAGCACAACAAACCCGCCCCGUCCCGCCCGCGCCGUGCGGCUGCUGCGCGGAGCCGCCCCCGGCCGCGGGGUUCGGGCCGGGCCGUCGGCGCUGCCAGCGGGGCCGGGGCGGACAUGAGGACCGAGAUCUCCACGGCGGCCGCGUUCGUGACCCGCCUCCUGCGGGCCGCCGGCGGGGUGGGCGAGGAGCAGCUGCGGUGCUUCCGCGAGUGCCUGCAGGAGGCGAUGCGCGAGCACUACAAGCACCACUGGUUCCCCCUGGUGCCCUCCAAGGGCUCCGGCUACCGCUGCAUCAGGAUCAACCAUAAGAUGGACCCCUUGAUAGGAAAGGCGGCGGGGAUGAUCGGACUGAGCCACGAGAGGCUCUUCCAGCUCUUACCCAGCGAAUUAACGCUGUGGGUCGACCCCUUCGAAGUGUCCUAUCGCAUAGGUGAGGAUGGGUCUAUCUGUGUGCUGUACGAAAGCCCCCAGCCUGGGGGAAAGGCGACCAAACAGCUGGAGAGCAGGACCAGCUGCAAAGAGGAGUGGAGAACUGGCAGAUCCAGCCCUUCCAAGAGUUACAACAUGAUGACGGUUUCCAGCUAAAAACAGCUCUUCCCUGUACGAUGUUGUAUGUAUCCCAACCUCAUGGCAAAGUUAGAUGUAACUGAGCUCUUUUGUUUUUUAGUUAUUUUCUUCACCCUUUCGUCAUUAAAGUCGUGGUAGUACUGCCAAGUUCUUUGUGGCCAAGGGCUAAAUGUAUAGAGCAGUUCUUUACACUGCAUGUUCCUUUCUGGGUUGUGUCCUGUAAAUGCACUGUACAGUCGGUGGGUUGUUUUACACAUUUAUAUUUUCGAGAAAGUUUUGCCUAUUUGUAAUAAAAAGCAAUAUUGUAGCACUCUUUAUGAUGGGUUUUAGUCAAAAUUAGUACUUGCUAGAAAAAAUUAAAAUCUGCAAUUUGCAGAGCAAUAACACAAAGUGAGGAGGGGCUAGGAAACAGAUCUGACAAACUGAACAGAAAUAUUUCCAGUGAUUUGUCUGCACAGACUUCUCUCAGGGUCAUUCAAGUUUGACUGUGAGGCACAAAUCACAGAAAUAACUCUUUAUUUUUCCUCUUUCAAAGCAUGCAGUUUUUGGGGACUGGGUUCCAUCACACCCCAAUAUUUCAGCAAAAAGAAGUGGGGAAUUAGUUGUCUUGUCAUUUCUAGUUAUGGGAGUAGAAAAAUAAAUACUUGCUUAAAAUGCUUCA